GUCCUCUAUAUACACUGGAGAGCAGAGACACUCGACCUCUUAGUCCGCCUGCCAGGAGAGGGAAAGGAGUGCUGGAGAGGAGUGUCGUGUGCUGGGCGAAAAACAAAGCACCGCUCUAACUCAGUAAACUCUAAAGUCUUGAACAUCUGACAGCACAAGAUGUCCAAAGGACCAGCAGUAGGCAUUGAUCUGGGCACCACAUAUUCCUGUGUGGGCAUCUUCCAGCAUGGCAAAGUGGAAAUCAUUGCCAAUGACCAAGGAAACAGGACCACUCCCAGCUAUGUGGCCUUCACAGACACUGAGAGACUGAUUGGAGAUGCUGCCAAGAACCAGGUGGCCAUGAACCCAGCCAACACUGUGUUUGAUGCCAAGCGUCUGAUCGGUCGUAAGUUUGACGAUCUUGUGGUGCAGGCAGACAUGAAGCACUGGCCCUUCAAGGUUGUGAAUGAUGCAUCCAAACCCAAGGUGGAGGUUGAAUAUAAGGGUGAGAUGAAAACCUUCUACGCGGAGGAGAUUUCCUCGAUGGUCCUCACCAAGAUGAAGGAGAUCUCGGAGGCUUAUCUUGGCAAGCCUGUGACCAACGCUGUUAUCACAGUUCCUGCUUACUUCAAUGACUCCCAGCGUCAAGCCACCAAAGAUGCUGGAACUAUCGCUGGGCUUAAUGUGCUGCGCAUCAUCAAUGAGCCCACUGCUGCAGCCAUUGCGUAUGGCCUGGACAAAAAGGUUGGCAGUGAACGUAAUGUCCUCAUCUUUGACCUUGGAGGUGGGACUUUCGAUGUUUCCAUCCUGACUAUUGAGGAUGGCAUCUUUGAAGUGAAGUCCACAGCCGGUGACACCCACUUGGGCGGUGAGGACUUUGACAACCGCAUGGUCAACCACUUCAUCGCUGAGUUCAAGCGCAAAUUCAAAAAGGAAAUCACCAACAACAAGCGAGCCGUGCGUCGUCUGCGCACAGCCUGCGAGCGUGCCAAGCGCACCCUCUCCAGCAGCACCCAGGCCAGCAUUGAGAUCGAUUCGCUCUACGAAGGAGCAGAUUUCUACACUUCCAUCACCAGGGCCCGUUUUGAGGAGCUCAAUGCAGACCUGUUCCGUGGAACCCUCGAGCCUGUGGAGAAGGCCCUGAGGGAUGCCAAGAUGGACAAGGCUCAGAUCCAUGACAUUGUCCUGGUGGGUGGCUCCACACGUAUCCCCAAGAUUCAAAAGCUGCUGCAGGACUUCUUCAAUGGCCGUGACCUCAAUAAGAGCAUCAACCCUGAUGAGGCUGUGGCUUAUGGUGCUGCUGUUCAGGCAGCCAUCUUGGCUGGUGAUAAGUCUGAGAAUGUACAAGACCUGCUCCUGCUGGAUGUCACGCCUCUGUCUCUGGGAAUUGAGACCGCUGGGGGAGUAAUGACUGUCCUUAUCAAAAGGAACACCACUAUUCCCACCAAGCAAACCCAGACCUUUACCACCUAUUCAGACAACCAACCUGGUGUGCUUAUUCAGGUUUAUGAAGGUGAGAGAGCCAUGACCAAGGACAAUAAUAUCCUGGGCAAGUUUGAGCUGACCGGUAUUCCACCUGCUCCCAGAGGUGUCCCUCAGAUUGAGGUGACCUUUGACAUUGAUGCCAAUGGCAUUCUCAAUGUGUCUGCAGUGGACAAAAGCACUGGAAAGGAGAACAAGAUCACCAUCACCAAUGAUAAAGGGCGGUUGAGCAAGGAGGAGAUUGAGCAGAUGGUGCAGGAGGCAGAGCAGUUCAGGAGUGAGGAUGAGGCCCAGAGAGACAAGGUCACAGCCAAGAAUGCUCUCGAGUCUCUGGCCUUCAACAUGAAGAGCACUGUGGAGGACGAGAAGCUCCAAGACAAGAUCAGCCCUGAGGACAAAAAGACCAUCGUAGACAAGUGCAAUGAAGUCAUUGCCUGGCUGGACAGGAACCAGACGGCAGAGAAGGAUGAGUACGAACACCAGCAGAAGGAAUUAGAGAAGGUGUGCAACCCCAUCAUCACCAAGCUGUAUCAGGGGGGUAUGCCAGGAGGAAUGCCAGGAGGGAUGCCUGGAGGAAUGCCUGGUGGCUUCCCCGGUGGAGCUGGAGGUGGCUCUUCCUCUGGGCCAACUAUUGAGGAGGUCGACUAAACCCUGUGCUGAGAGUAUCCUCAUCCCAGAUCCCAACAUACUUCCUCAAAGCUAUUUACUGAUUACAAAUCCAAUACGUGAGAUUGCAGGCUUUUUUAUUUAAAUGUGUGCUGUUCAAUUCAUUUGUUCAGAACUUUUAAGAUAACCAAACCUGACACUUAGCCUCCACACCGUUAGAAUAUUUAGUCACGUGAGACAUAAUCAGAGUCAUUUGUUGUCUUCAGUAUUUUUCUCUCUAGUGACGAUUCGCAUGAAGGAUAAAAACUCACCUCUUUUCAUCUUUGUUUUCUGAACAUUAAAUCAAUAAAGAUUACCAAUGGGAUUCUGAUUUGCAAAAUGGA